GCAGUUUAUGCUAAGCUAGUUUGUGAUUAGCCUCCCAUGUGUGUGAGAGACGCAGCGAUGAUGCAGACGAGGAGGCUGCAGGUGAAGCAGCUGCAGGUGUUAAUAACACAGUAUAUCUGCUUCGUGCUGCUGUUUCAUCCCGCUGCAUACCAGCCCGGUGAGGCGUGUGCUGCAGGGUUAGAGGAGGAGGCGACCAGCAGCAGCAGCUCAGCAGCCCUGAUCCUCUGCAGGACCUGCGGACACGAGCUGGCGGUCGGAUCGGACAUCCACCUGGUCCCCAGCCGGCUGGCGCUCUCCAGCCGCAACGACACCUCCAUCGGAGGUCGGAGGGUUAACAUCCAGCUGUUCGAGAACCCCCACGGACACCAGUUCGAGGUGAUAACGUUCAGAAAGGCGGAGGUUGCUCAGCACUGGCCGGCAGAUAAACACUUCACCUGGUUCCCAGGGUUCUCCUGGACGGUGGCCACCUGUCCUCACUGUCACACUCACUUAGGUUGGGCCUUCCAGCCCAUCGACUGGCCAGAAACGGUCACACAAACCAGAUUUGACGAGUCGGAGCACACCUUUCUGGCUUUAAUCACCCAUCGUCUACUAAGAGAAGACUUUGCAUCAAGCCUGCUUAUGACUCCGAAAUCCUUCAAGAGCUGACGGACUUUUGACUGUACAAUUAACCCAGGUGCCUUUGCUGCUACCUAAAUCUAUUUUUUUAAAUAAAUUUCUAUGCACUCACGUGUAAACACA